GUUCAGCCUCGCUCAGUCGGACACACUUCAGUCCACUGAAACAGAAGCGAGAUUUCAAUUAGGAAAGUGGUUUAUAGGAAUGUACUGAGAGAAGGCAGCCUGGACAGAAAGGUUGAGAACUCAAAAGUCCAGUUUUUCUUUCUAUUUUCUUUUUGAACGUCAGAGUUAUUUUUUAAAUCUCCACUUUCGGACACGGUGAUGUGCUGUGCUCUCCGGACAGUACCUGCUGUGAUGGGCCGGGCCGGGAGAUGAGCAGCGCACGGUGUGGGGGUGCCAGGGGCGCACGAGGAGGUCUGGACGCUUAGGCCACACGGAGAGACAGGGCUGAGACCGCCUCAUGUGUCGGGUCUCCUCUGUGUUCUGGUCCCCACCCACCCCCAUCCUCCCAGCGUCAGUGGGAUGUCCCAGGUGUGUCUCCUCUUGGCCUUGCUUUUGCUCUGCAGCUGCACAAAGGUCUUCUCUACAAACUCCCUAGAGCUUGUGAAGGAGAAGUGGAGCAGCUACAAAGACCAGUGCCUGGACUACCUCAACGCCACGCCCCCCGCCACCGGGCUGGUGUGUAACCGGACCUUUGAUCUGUACGUCUGCUGGCCUGAUGGACUCCCAGGAACAACUGUCAAUGUGUCCUGCCCAUGGUUCCUGCCAUGGUACCGCAAAGUUCAGCAGGGUCGGGUCUACAGAGUCUGCAGUGAAGAGGGUCAGUGGGCGCGAAAGAAUACCAGCGAGUGUGAGGACGACCCUGGUGAGGUGUGUGUAUACAGUGCAGCAGUAUGGCCGCAUCCUAAGUCAGUUACGCAUCAUGUACACAGUGGGCUACUCGCUCUCCCUGGGGGCUCUGCUACUGGCCCUGGGUACCCUCAUCACCUUCAGCUGCACUGCAUGAGGAACAACAUCCACAUGAACCUGUUCGCAUCGUUCAUCCUGAGAGCCGUGUCCAUCCUGGUCAAAGACGCCCUGCUGACCCUCACUCUGGACCCCAGGAGCGGGGGGGACACCCGGACACAAGCCUGGGUCAACAUACCGGCUGUUACGUGGUGUCGAGGUGCCAUGGUGAUGAUGCAGUACAGCGUGAUGGCCAACAACUAUUGGCUGCUGGUGGAGGGCAUCUACCUGCACAGCCUGCUCGUCAUCACCGUGUUCAGCGAGAGGAAGUACUUCUACAUUUAUCUGGCCAUUGGCUGGGGUACACCGCUCAUAUUCGUGUUGCCGUGGAUCACAGUGAAAUAUCUGUAUGAAAACGAAGAGUGCUGGGAGAGGAAUAUUAACAUGGGAUAUUGGUGGAUUAUCCGUUCCCCUAUACUAUUUGCUUAUCUGAUUAAUUUCUUCAUAUUCAUACGGAUCAUCAAAAUCCUGAUGUCUAAGCUCAGAGCUCAUCAGAUGAGAUACACUGACUACAAGUUCAGAUUAGCAAAGUCCACUCUGACCCUCAUUCCCCUCCUUGGGAUUCACGCCAUCCUCUUCACCUUCGUCAUCGAUGAGUCCGUCCCUAAAGGCUCCAUGCUGCGCCUCAUUCGCCUUUUCUGCGACCUGCUCUUCAACUCUUUCCAGGGCCUGCUGGUUGCUAUUUUGUACUGCUUCAUCAACAAAGAGGUGCAGUCAGAGAUGCUAAAAAAGUGGAAGAGGUGGAAGCUGGGUAAGGACAUUGACGAGGAGUACCGCCACACCCACAGCCACACGCCGCAUCUCAAGAGCGGCAGCAUUGUCACUGGCAAUCUGCCCUAUCUCCACGACAACAACGCCAGCGACCCCGGCGGUGACUCGCCUCGCCUCAACAAAGCUGAGCCCUCCUGCUCAACCGCACCCGAGGAGAACCGCAGACUAGUGGUUUCCUAUAGCAACGGCACGGGGAAAGGCGGGACCACAAAGAGCAGACACACCCUGCAGUUCUCUUUCCUGUCACACCGGGGCGCCAGCAGUCACGUGAGCACGGCCACAGAGGAGGCGUGUCUGGAGGAGAAGCUGCACACAAACACUGUUGAAGGGGAGGAGACUAAUGUCUGAGGGCGGCCUGCUGUAAAGACCUCGUCACGAAGAAUAAAACUGUGCUUAUAGAUGUUUCGGAUCAGUGUUUAACAUGUGCAAACAAGGCAGCCUGAGUGGGAAGAGAAAGAGGACUUAACCCCCAAAAGUCACAAUGUUUUAACCAGCCUGCUGCAAAUGAAUAUUUAUUGUUUUUGGGACCUUAAGCUAAUAAGAACGAUUCACUUCAGAUUCAAUACACUCAAAAUAAGCUUUCUAAUGGUGACUAGAGUGUGUGUGUGUGUGUGUGUGUGUGUGUGUGUGUGUGUGUGUGUGUGUGUGUGUGUGUGUGUGUGUGUGUGUGUGUGUGUGUUUGCGUGCGUGCGUGUGUGUGUGCAUGCACAUAUGGAGGACUCCCAAUAGGACCCUGCUCACGUCACUCGUAUGUCAUGAGUCAUGUGUACUGCUGUUGUCAUCGUGAGUUGUGAGUCACACUUGUGUUGUAUGGAAGGUUCCAGCAAUGGAUGCUCAUUUGUGGUACUCUUCUACAAAGAAAUCUCAAAAGUGCCAAGAAAAAACAUUUAUUUUUGUUCUUUUGGUUUCAUGAUACUGAAUGUGACUUCAACAUGCAUGACUCGUGAUGUCUUGUUUGUAACAGGAUGAGGACAGAACUAUUACCGACUAUUGAUGUGUUGAGGAAGAAGUUGCUUUGAUCUUUAGAGAGACUUGAAUGUUUAAGUUAUUCUGGUUUUAAAUGACCAUGCUAAACAAGAAAAUAAUAAUACAUUUACAUCAAUUGGGUAAAGCAGGCAUCCUUCGUGCACAUUCCUGUCCUCCCUUCUUUGUUUAUAAUAACCCCUUUUCUUUCUUUUUAAACUGAGUUUUGUGGCUGAAUGUAUAAGGACUAUGGAGAAUUAUGGGUGAUAUGUAAGUGUAUAUAUGUAAUUAAAAAACAUGCCACCAGAACCUGCUUUUCAGUCAAACAGUGUUCUGUCAAAUGGAGGCAAACAGAACAUGAAGUGCUUUUUUACACAAUGGAAAAUAGUCCUAUUACAAUAAAAAAAGGUUCUCCAUUUCAAAAUCCACAUUAACAACACAUGACUCACUUGAAAAUGUGGAAUCGGAUCUGGAUUUAAUUCUUGGUAUUAUCCAUUUUUGAAGUUCACCGAAUCAAACACUGAAAACCAACAAGGAUUUUCACAAAGAUAGUAAACAAGCACUCAAUUGAAGUGUAAGAGAGAGAACUGUACAUAUUAAACUAACUUUAAUAAAAGUUAAUACCGGUAUUAUAACGUCAAGGACGUGUUGGUGGAGGGAUGUGUUGUUGUUCUGUGCUUUCGCUUGCAGUCCAGGUGACAGAAAAGAAUAAACAUGAAUUAUUACGUUGAGAAAGACACAAACAUGAUUGUACUUGUCCUUUACUUUCCAUGUUGCAAUUGUCAGGACGGGGUCCAAAGCAAAAAAAUGUCAAAAGUUUUAUAUAAAAGCCAAAUUGUUGUGUCUCAUAUGUCUGUGGAUCCAAUUAAACUGAAUUCUGUCAGCAAAAAA